UCGCGAGAAAAAAAAAAUGCAACCUCCCAAAAUAAAGAGCAAAGAUUGCAUUAGGAGCGAACAGCGCUGCAGAAAUAGAUGGCAGCUUCGUGUCAGUGAGUUUGCAUCCCCCUUCCUGAUCCACGAGCUGGAGUGAUUAGAGCCCUGGAAGGGAAUUGUUACUCCCGUGGAGAAGUCCCCUUUUCCUGGCAGCCGUCUGCACUGUACACGCUGGAUGCCUCUCUCCAUCCACCCCACUCACUCUCUUCUCUCUCACCUCCUCUCUCCCUCUCUCCUGCAUUGAUUUUUUUUUCCUUUUUAGUUGACUGAAACAAAACAAAACAAAAGGGCCACUGGAUGUCUGCCUUCCUGGGGGGUGAGCCAGACAGACUGACAAACAAACAGACCCAACUGUGUUCGGGGGAGGGUUUCUCCUCCCGUUUUGCCCGGCAGCAGCAGCAUGGACGUGUUGGCUAGUUAUAGUAUAUUCCAGGAGCUACAACUUGUCCACGACACCGGCUACUUCUCAGCUUUGCCAUCCCUGGAGGAGACCUGGCAGCAGACAUGCCUUGAAUUGGAACGCUACCUACAGACAGAGCCGAGGAGGAUCUCAGAGACCUUUGGCGAGGACUUGGACUGUUUCCUCCAUGCUUCUCCCCCCCCUUGCAUUGAGGAGAGCUUCCGGCGCUUAGACCCCCUGCUGCUCCCGGUGGAAGCGGCCAUCUGCGAGAAGAGCUCGGCAGUGGACAUUUUGCUCUCUCGGGACAAGUUGCUAUCUGAGACCUGCCUCAGUCUCCAGCCAACCAGCUCUUCUCUAGACAGCUACACAGCCGUCAACCAGGCCCAGCUCAACGCAGUGACCUCAUUAACGCCCCCAUCGUCCCCUGAGCUCAGCCGCCAUCUGGUCAAAACCUCACAAACUCUCUCAGCCGUGGAUGGCACAGUGACGUUGAAACUGGUGGCCAAGAAGGCUGCGCUCAGCUCAGUAAAGGUGGGAGGGGUGGCGACAGCAGCAGCAGCCGUGGCGGCAGCUGGGACAGUUAAGAGUGGACAGAGCGACAGUGAACCAGGAGGGGUAGGGGCGGAGGCAUGCCCUGAAAACAAGAAGAGGGUGCACCGCUGUCAGUUUAACGGGUGCCGGAAAGUUUAUACAAAAAGCUCCCACUUAAAGGCCCACCAGAGGACUCACACAGGUGAGAAGCCUUAUAAGUGCUCAUGGGAAGGGUGCGAGUGGCGUUUUGCACGAAGUGAUGAGCUCACAAGGCACUACAGGAAACACACAGGUGCAAAGCCCUUCAAAUGCAACCACUGCGACAGGUGUUUUUCUAGGUCUGACCACCUUGCCCUCCAUAUGAAGAGACAUAUCUAAAAAAACCUAAAGGCCAGAGUUGCCAUGACGUCGGCCGUUGUCUGAAGGAAAUGCCACGAGGCAGGGGGCUGGACUUCAGGCGAGGACCCAUUGCCUCGCAGAAGAAAGUUCUCACUUCUAAACCUCUGUGUUCACACACAGACACACACACAGACACACAUGCUCUCACGCACAGACCCCCCACUACCACACACACUGUCAUGCACUCCGCUAUAUUUAAAGUAUAUACGUCUAUUCGUUAGGCCUUGCCCUAGCCAGAUGGUAGAAGACAAAGAAGAAGAAAACCAGGUGAACUCAGCAAGGCAGACUGGCUGCUCACUUCAGCACUGUUGGAAUUAUUUCCCGCUGUUGCCCAUGGAAAUCAAAGAAAAUGGAUGUGAGGUGGACAGCCGUAAGAGGGGCUUCUCUCUAACUUGCUUCUCAGUGCAACUUGAUAGGAGAAUACUACGUCUUAAAGUUGCAUAUGUGUAGCGCUAAUGUUUCUUUUUAAAUAGUUGGGGGAAAAUGACCUAGAAAACCAAAUUGCAGUUUGGUAGCCAAAAUUAACUCUUGGUUUAUUUGUCCUUUGUGUGUGAAAAGUCCUACUAUUCCGUGCGUCCAACUUCCUCAAAGAACUGUUGAUCGGUUUUGGUUCUUCUUAGUACCAUUGAGAUCUUUCCAGUCGAUACCAACGGCCUUAGCGGCGACAGACUCUGGAAUAACACCUUACACCUUUCUGGCCUGCAUUUCUCUAGACUUCACUCUUAAGGGAGGAGUUUUCUUUUCUUACUUUUGACUCUUGCACACCAUAUGCACUAGGGAUUCUGGAAACUUCUAGCAUGACUGCAAAGUGGCCAAGAGAAUAAAGUCCUUGAUGAUAAAUCACAGUCUAUCCCUUGAGCCUCACCUUAUUGCCAGUGCUAGAUUUUUUCUUUUUAAUCUCUCUGUUUUUGCUAACGAAAACUUGAAAAACUUAUUUGGAAGCUUAAAUGUUUUAUCUUUUCUCCAUGGACUAAACCUCUCCAGGACUCUCUCAGCACCUGGAUGUCCAGCUCUCAAAGCAGCCAAUCAGAUGGGACAUCACAGCUCUCUCAUCCCCUUGAGGAAUCAUGACCUCAGCUCAUAGUGAUCAUCCCUGUGCUGUGUGUCAUUGCUACCCUGUACCCAGUUUCAGCAUAGAUGUCGCUAGUCUCAAAAGGCAGCUGCAUAUUGAACGUAACUCUGGGUUAUGACCUGACAAAAAGCCAAAAAUAUCACUCUUUCCAGGAGUGGGGAAAACGGAAGAUGCCUCCCAAGUCUAGUGACUUCAGAAAACAUCAUCCUAUCUUCCUGUCUCAUACCCACUGGGCUCAUGUUACUCCACUUGUUAAAACACACAAUUCAAAAAUGCCAUUGUGGGAAUGAAGGGUGGACAUUUAAGGGAAGGGUUGAGAUGUUUUGCUCAUGGUCUGUCUAAAAGUAGAGACAUAUUUCUAAUUUUUUUUCUGGCUAGGCCCAUCAUGACUUGUGACCCAGAGCACCCAGGAUCAACAGAGGCCUCACGUUUACUCUGCAGACUGACUUCAAGGGGGUACAUUCCUUACUUCUCAUCCCAUACACAUCCAAUAUCGGUCUCUAUCUACCCGCAUUCUUAGCUAGCUGGCACUGGCCUCAACUCCAAAGACUGCCUUUAGGACCAUUAAAUGGCCUAUGCAAGCAAGCGGGGUGGUUAUUAGGACAGGUUGUAUAUUUUGUAUAUUCUGGGACCAUCCCUUCAAGACACGUCUCAAAAACAAAAAUGGCAUUUGGUCCACACAUGGUUGCUGCUCCUUCAUACCAGCUGGCUCCCCUCCUACCCUCCUCUGACUGUUUGACUCAUUGACUGUUAAAUGCCACCCCAUACCUAUUUGGGAUGCAAAACUGAAGUCUUUAAAAGGAAAUGAUAUAAGAAACACAAAUACAUUUAUGACAGCAACCUUCAAGAUCCUUGGCAUUUGGUUUCUCAGCUUUCUGCAACCUUUGGUUUCACUGAGAUGUUGCAACUACUCAUCUGAGGGUAAAGGAGCUUCCUUGUCACAAAUGUUGUAGCUGCCAAUUGGAUACUUGGGGCAUUCUGAGGUCUGGCCCUUACACUUUACUUUCUCUUUUUCCUUUUUUCAAUUUAGACCAAAAAACAACAAAAGAAAAAGAAAAAACAAA